CUAUUUUUUUAGUGUUGAGAAUGUGCAUUGUUGGAAACAAGAAGAAGGGAAACAGAUCAUUGAAGGAAAUAGGAACUUUUAUGAUGACUACAUGUUUCAUUGCUAAUUACCAAUCCGUUCAAGUUUGCCAGGCAGAAUAUUUCAGACAGUUACUUAAGCCUGUAACGUAG